UCUGUGUUUAUUCCCACCUCUCCCAAAUAUUUGAAAACUGGUGUCUUGACUCAUUAGCAUAUUCAUAAGCUGUAUGACCACAAGCCUUUUUCCUUUAACAAACUGAUCUUUUGCAAGACAUGGACAAAACACCAGUGUGAAUUACACCAAAUCUCUGUUUUAUGCUGUUAUGGGUGAAACUCUGGGAGACUCUGCUGUUGACCCAGAGCAUGGUGCCUUUGCUGAUGCACUGCCUGUGAGCACUUCACAAGAAAUGACCAUGGUUGACACAGAGAUGCCAUUCUGGCCCACCAACUUUGGAAUCAGCUCUGUGGACCUCUCUGUGAUGGAUGAACACUCCCAUUCCUUUGACAUCAAGCCCUUUACCACAGUUGAUUUCUCCAGCAUUUCUGCUCCACACUAUGAAGACAUUCCAUUCACAAGAGCUGACCCAAUGGUUGCUGAUUACAAAUAUGACCUGAAGCUCCAAGAAUACCAAAGUGCGAUCAAAGUAGAACCUGCAUCCCCACCUUAUUAUUCUGAAAAGACCCAGCUCUACAACAGGCCUCAUGAAGAGCCUUCCAACUCCCUCAUGGCCAUUGAGUGCCGAGUCUGUGGAGAUAAAGCAUCAGGCUUCCACUAUGGAGUUCAUGCUUGUGAAGGAUGCAAGGGAUUUUUCCGAAGAACCAUUCGAUUGAAGCUUAUUUAUGAUAGAUGUGACCUUAACUGUCGGAUCCACAAAAAAAGUAGAAACAAAUGUCAGUACUGUCGUUUCCAGAAGUGCCUUGCUGUGGGGAUGUCUCACAAUGCCAUCAGGUUUGGGCGGAUGCCACAGGCCGAGAAGGAGAAGCUGUUGGCGGAGAUCUCCAGUGAUAUCGACCAGCUGAACCCAGAGUCUGCUGAUCUCCGGGCCCUGGCGAAGCAUUUGUAUGACUCAUACAUAAAGUCCUUCCCGCUGACCAAAGCCAAGGCGAGAGCGAUCUUGACAGGAAAGACAACAGACAAAUCACCAUUUGUCAUCUAUGACAUGAAUUCCUUAAUGAUGGGAGAAGAUAAAAUCAAGUUCAAACACAUCACCCCCUUGCAGGAGCAGAGCAAAGAGGUGGCCAUCCGCAUUUUCCAAGGGUGCCAGUUUCGAUCUGUGGAAGCCGUGCAAGAGAUCACAGAAUAUGCCAAAAAUAUCCCUGGUUUCAUUAACCUUGACUUGAAUGACCAAGUGACUCUGCUCAAGUAUGGUGUCCAUGAAAUCAUCUAUACAAUGCUGGCCUCCCUGAUGAAUAAAGAUGGAGUUCUCAUAUCAGAGGGUCAAGGAUUCAUGACCAGAGAGUUCCUCAAAAGCCUUCGGAAGCCCUUUGGUGACUUUAUGGAGCCCAAAUUUGAGUUUGCUGUGAAGUUCAAUGCACUGGAAUUAGAUGACAGUGACUUGGCCAUAUUUAUAGCUGUCAUUAUUCUCAGUGGAGACCGCCCAGGCUUGCUGAACGUGAAGCCCAUUGAGGACAUCCAAGAUAACCUGCUUCAGGCCCUGGAGCUCCAGCUCAAGCUGAACCACCCAGAGUCCUCACAGCUGUUCGCCAAGGUGCUCCAAAAGAUGACAGACCUCAGGCAGAUCGUCACAGAGCAUGUGCAGCUCUUGCAUGUGAUCAAGAAGACGGAGACGGACAUGAGCCUUCACCCCCUGCUCCAGGAGAUCUACAAGGAUCUAUAUUAGCAGAGAAGUCCCUCUCGAUGACCUAUUCCUUCUUUCAAUUGCACUAUUAUUUUGAGGGAAAAAUCUGACACCUAAGAAAUUUACUGUGAAAAAGCAUUUUAAAAACAAAAGGUUUUAGAACAUGAUCUAUUUUAUGCAUAUUGUUUAUAAAGAUACAUUUACAAUUUACUUUUAAUAUUAAAAAUUACCACAUUAUGAAA